UCUAGCUUAUCUUCUUGUUCCGUGACACAAGUCAUUUGACAGAACGCGUUUUAUAUAUAUUAUAACGCGUGUGAUUAUUUUUUUUUUAUUACGUCAAAGUGGCGAUCGACGUGUUGUUUCAUGGAAAAUAUCGUGCGCGUAGUCUCGAGACUUGUAGUUGAAUGAAAUUUGGACUCGAAGAGAUUCCGAGAAAAAAAACGAAGAGUACAAAAUGAAGCCUUUGAUUGAAUUCGACGAGUGUUUACGAGAUACACCGAGAUUUCGAUCCUGCAUUGAAGAGGCGGAGAAAAAUAUAGAUCAACUUGAACAAAAGUUGGACAAGGUAUUAAAGAAUUGCUAUCUAACUGUUGAUACCGGAAAAGCCUUUGUUAUACAGCAGAACCAAUUUACUAAUAGUCUGUGGGAGUUAUCUACUUACUUCAGCGAUGAUCCAGAAAUAAUGGCAUAUUUGAACAAACUUAUUCACGCUUUGCAAGAAAUGAACAAAUAUCAUAGUAUUUUGUUAGAACAAGCUUCCAGGACUGUGAUGAAAGAUCUUAAUAAUUUUAUUAAAACUGACAUCAAGAAGGUGAAGGAGUCGCGGCAUUAUUUUGAACGAAUUUCCGGAGAUCUCGAUAUUGCGCUGAAUAGGAACUCGCAAGUACCAAAAACCCGGCCUGCGGAAUACGAAGAGGCGUCUAACAUCCUAUCGGCCACUCGAUCGUGUUUUCGACACACCGCGUUGGAUUAUAUUCACACGCUGACGAUGCUCCAAGCGCACAAACGACACGAGAUAUUAGGCACGUUGCUGAGUUACAUGCACGCGUGUAUCACUUACUACCACCAGGGUAGCGAUCUCGCUCAAGAUUUAGAUCCGUUUCUGAAAGAUCUCGAUGAGAAUUUAGUUAGUAUGAGAAGCGAUUCGAAUAAGCUUGAAAAGGAGAUGGAAAAUCGUCAUCUUUAUGUUAACAAUCGAGAUCUGAUUCCUUCCCCGGUGCCUGGAAAUCCCAGAAUGGAAGGUUACUUGUUUAAAAGAACCAGCAACGCUUUCAAGACCUGGAACAGAAGAUGGUUCUGCUUGAAGGAUCACCAACUGGUUUAUCGGAAACGAACGGGUGACGAGGAUUACACAAUUAUGGAGGAAGAUCUACGAUUGUGCACCGUAAAACCUGUGGUCGAUUGCGAUCGGAGAAACUGCUUCGAAGUUUUAAGCCCGACGAAAAGUCACAUGUUGCAAGCGGACAGCGAGGAAACAUAUUUAGCAUGGGUAACCGCGAUGCAGCAGGCUAUUGGUGCUGCGAUUCAGAGAGGUAUGAGCAUAAGCUCAACCGUUAAUCCGCACGAAUUGCAAUCCCGUGAUAACAAGGGUCUGGUGAGGCCGAUAACGAAACCAAGAUCGAGAGUGUGGGAACAAUUGUUAAAGAUCUCAGGUAACGACAUUUGCUGCGAUUGCGGUCACGAUAAUCCAAAGUGGGCCAGUAUUAAUUUAGGCAUUACGCUCUGCAUAGCAUGUUCGGGCGUACACAGAAGUCUCGGUGUGCACUACAGCAAAGUUCGUUCUUUGACUUUGGACGACUGGGAACCGGAGAUACUGAAAGUAAUGGCGGAAUUGGGUAAUUCCGUGGUGAAUAGCAUAUACGAAGCUCUGCCUGUAACUCCCGAUAUUAUCAAAGCCACACCAAACUGCAACGGAAACGUUCGGGAAACUUGGAUAAAAUUGAAAUACGUGGAUCGAAAAUUCGUGAAACUUCUGACCGACGUGAUGCCAAUCGAGCAUCAUGCCAGUCGGGAGCAGAUGCGUUUUCGAAAAUGGAGCGUGCGUAAAUUACGACGCAGACCGCGCAGUCGUGAUAAAAUCGAUAGCGACAAUCGGGCCAAAUCGAUGGCGUUGUUAUCCGUGAAGGAGGGCCAUCAUUUGUCAAGUUCGGACGACAGCAAGGACACGUCGAUCGAUAGUCUGAAUUCGGUUGGAAAAGCGAAGAAAACGGAAAGAAAUUCAGUGAGCUCGGACGACAGCUCUAAUGUAGAUUUAAAAAACAAUUCCACUCUCUACGGAAAGAUUUUGAAUCGUUCGCAGAACGAUCUGAAUGUUAAGAACGUCGCGAUUCACAGCGAACUUGCUAACUUCGAAGUUACGCAAGAUGUCGAUCCGUCAUCGAGCGAACAAAAUUCGAGUACAUUGAACAAGCUCUCGGUCAGUCAAUUGGAUGAUGGUUCAAUUAGCAACACCAAAGACGAAGAGAAUAAAAUUACUUCCGUAAGCAAAGACUGUGGAUCGGAUAAAAAUUGCAACGAAAAAACGGAAUUGGUGGACGUGCUGAUGUUUGGCUGCGACGUACCGAAACUCGCUAUAGACGACAAUCUGGAAUUGAGUUCCGAUCAAGAUUCAACGGCCGGCGAGGAUGAGGAAUUCACCGACGAGGAGGACAUAGAGAAUCUGCAUCCUGAGAUGUUGCUUUACAAAGCGGCCGCGGCGCACAAUUUGCCCGUGAUGUGCGCGGCGUUGGCAGCCGGUGCCGACAAAUUGUGGUCUAACGUUAACGACAAAAGCCGCAACGCUCUGCAUCAAGCGAUAAUAAGUGUUCGUAACGUUUUUGAUUUAUUCUCUUUCUCGUAAAAGUUUGCGCGCGCGCGAAGAGAAGAUGCCGAGGGAAAAACACCGCUGCAUUUAGCGACAGAAUUAGGACAUACUGCGCAAGUAUGCUUACUUCUGAAGCAUCGUGCCGAUCAGCACAUCGAGGACGAAAGCGGAAUAAAACCUUUAUCGAUCGCUGUGAAAGAAGCAAAUGCCGACAUUGUUACUUUAUUGAGACUCGGUUUGUUGAACGAAGAGAUGAAGGAUUCCGAAAUAGGCGUCACAGGUGACGAAACGUUCAAUGACGUCGUUCGUGAUUUCAGCCAGUUGGCUUGCUCGCAUCCAGAGCGUUUGCAACGUCGAAAUGACACCGCAAAUCCAUCAAACGUGUCCGAAUGAUGACAAAAAAAAUAUUUACAAACUCUUAACGCAAUUGUUACCUACAAACGCGGAUUGAACAAAACAAAUAUUUUUUAAUAUUUCAAAAGUUGCUGCAAAAGCCUCGUCCUUCAAUCUCUGUCGCAGGGUAAUUAAUUGAUUAUCGCGCGAGACAGCGGAAUCUAACAUUUUGAUUUCUGAAUUCAUACUAAACAUCGUCGAGAAUUAAUUAUAAACAAAAAAAAUCUACAAGUUUAUUUUGAUAUACUUAAAAAGAAAGUAGUUUUAUAAUUAAGUUUACGUCGCAUUUCUAUAAAAUCUGUUUUUGUAAACGUUUUUUUUUUUUUUU